AUGAACCCACAAUGUUCAAAAUGUAAAGCAGCAAUGAGGAAAUAUAACUACUCCGUCAAAGAGAUAGAAAGAAUGCGAAACGACUAUGCAGAUUUAAAGAAAGAAGCAGAGAAACCAGCAGAAGAUAAAAUGGACAUGUUGACAUUUCUGAACAAAAACUAUCCAACUGCUGACGAUUUCCUUCUUUCAGAUGUCAAGAAGAAAUAUAAAGAAACCUUCGGCAUUGUUAAAACAUUCGAUAUCCUCAGCGAAGAAAUAGAAGCUACAAAACUGUUUAGAAUUUCAAAUAUACAUCGUACAAUUCAUGUAAGACGCUUGUGA